ACAAAGGUCACGACACCGGAAGUACAUCACAAGAGUGGGCGGGUCUACGGAAACCCGCUGAGGACAGUUACGAGAGCAGGAAAAGACUGCGAGCGGCGUGAGUGGUGCAGACUCGGUCAGUGUCCGCAGAAAUUGGAUUAAUUUGUGAUUAUUAGCGCGUUUUAAGACGACUUUACCGUACAAUCAUCACCUGCAUCGAUACUUAGUGUAGUGUAAACUUUAAACCAUGGCAGAGUGACGGAUCGAUCAAGGUCACAGCAGCGGAGUGUGCGAGGAGCCUUCAGGUGAUAUUCAGGUGACUUUGCAUCAGACCUAGAAACACAGAGUGAUGGCCGGGCUUAUAAACUUUGAGGAUGAGGCAGAGGUGAAGCAGUUUCUGGAUAAUCUGGGGGUGGAGUACAGCUUCCAGUGUUACAAAGAGAAGGACCCUGAAGGCUGUCAGAGGCUCGCGGAUUACCUGGAAGGUGUGAAGAAGAACUAUGUGUCUUCAGCUCAGGUGCUCAAACACAACUGUGAAACACACGGACACGGAGAGAGCUGCUACAAGCUUGGAGCGUACCACGUGACAGGCAAAGGUGGAGUGGCGGAGUGUCUGAAGACGGCAUACUCUUGCUUCCUGCGUUCCUGCAGAGCUGGAGGGAAGAAGUCCACAGACGCCUGUCAUAAUGUGGCUCUAUUAGCUCACGAUGGAAGAGCAAUGGAGGGAGAGCCUGACCUCUCUGCCGCCCGAGAGUACUAUGAGAAGGCAUGCGCCGGAGGUUUCGCCCCCUCCUGUUUUAACCUUAGCGCUCUUUACAUCAAUGGAAACGCUAAAGGCCUGAGUCCGGACAUGAAUCUGGCUCUGCGGUACGCCAACAGAGCCUGUGAGCUGGGACAUGUGUGGGGCUGUGCCAAUGCCAGCCGCAUGUACAAAAUGGGAGACGGCACGGACAAGGACGAGAAGAGAGCCGAGGAGCUGAAGAACCGAGCCAGAGAAUUGCACGGGUUAGAGAAGGAGAGGCAGCUCAAGUUUGGAGAGUGAACUGAAUUAAAUGACCAUGGAUUAUUAUUAAA